AGACGCUCUUAGCAACUAGCAACGAAACCUCCCGGAGCUUCUGCGAGCGAAACAGUAAUUUAUGGGCGCACCGAAGAAAGCCAGACGCGAAACGCGAGGGCCGUAUUUCCUAAAGAACGCAUCCACAGAAUGGUUCUGACAUACGGGGCGUGUAGGCUUUAAUGACAACUUUUUCAGUCCGGAUGGAGGAGAUAUUUUGCUAGCUGGCUAAACCGCACGCCACGGGUGACAAUCUGGAGAACAGAACUGUGUGUACACAUAGAACUCGAUCGAUUCGUCUCUCUCUUUUCUUUCGUGGGGAUGAAUGCUUCCGAAAGCGAAGGGACACCAUCGCGCACACUGGACUGUGAUCGCCAUUCGUGGGGAUCUGUGUGUUUCUGAGAGAUCGCCGAGACAGCCGCCCGUGGGAGGCGCGAUCUCCCGCAGGACGUGUGACGGCACGGAGAGAGGGACGAGAGAAAGACCACCGAGGCAACCGAGGCCCGCUGCUGCUGCUGGGUUGCGCCUCAGGUGGCAGUUCCCGACGGAGCCGAUUAUUUAUUGUUAAUAAAUUCCAAGCCCAAUUAUCUAGGCAUCAUCAGAGUAACCGCACUACUCGUGGUCUUAGUUUUAAUUUUUCCCCGCUGGCAAGUCGUCACGUGGAAGCUGGUGGUGGCCUCAGUUGUUGAUGGCAGUGUUGGGGUCCAGGAGCCACACUGAGGUCACAGGUGAUUGGCGAUCACUGGUCACUGCGGGUCACACAUGUUGUCCCCGUUUGCGCUGCGCGCCCGCGUCGCGUCGCCGCCUUAGUUUCCUGGAGCAAGGCUCUCUGUGGGUGGCCUCCCAGCGCUGUCCCGUGGCCGCCGCCGCGCGCUCCUCCGCCGCCAGAUUCCAUUCCGUGAGUGCAGCGGCCCUCGAAUGACACGCGGCGACUUUAGGAGACGCGUGUUACAGUUUUGACCGUCUUCGGGACGUGCGGAGGAUGCUCAGAUAAAACCUUGACGCUUACAGCAUUUUCUCCGGGACGGUUUUUCUCUUUUCACGGACACGCACAGCGGCUGUAGUCUCAGCCUGGAAUCAUGAUGAUACUGAGCAGAAAACCAGACGGUCCCAUAACAGCAGCACGACAUGCUGAUGGCCUGUAUGACUCCUACAUGCGCACUGAUCACAUUGCAAGCGAAGACACACAUGCUGUUGACCACAGCCCGUCUGGGCUCCCCCCACUGCCCAAACACACAGGUGGAAACAAACUGUUGGUGAAAGACCACCAUCAGAUAGGUCUCCAGAGCGGACAGAUGAAGGUGAAAUAUUUGUAUGAAGACUCUUAUAGCCGGAAGCUCAACGGUAGUAGCCUCAGCUCCUCAAAGCCUUCAGCUGCUCUUUCAAAGGAGAAGAGCGUGGAAAGGAGCAUAGAGAGUAGCAGCUCUGCUAAGUCCUCUGACACCACUACUAAAUCCUGUAAACCUGGUCAGGGGGCCAUGACUCCUGAGCAAGCCCUGAAGCUCCAUCGGCAACAUCUAACCACUUUGGAACAACAAGAGAUCCAUAACUAUCCUGAGAUCUACUUUGUAGGACCAAAUGCCAAGAAGAGGCAAGCAGUGGCAGGAGGCUCCAACAAUGGUGGUUAUGAUGAUGAUCAAGGCAGUUACAUCCAUGUGCCACAUGACCAUCUGGCUUAUCGCUACGAGUUUCUUAAGGUCAUCGGCAAGGGCAGCUUUGGCCAGGUGGCUAAGGUGUAUGACCACAAGAUGCACCAACAUCUGGCAUUGAAGAUGGUGCGUAAUGAGAAGCGUUUCCACCGGCAAGCAGCUGAGGAGAUCCGAAUCCUGGAGCAUCUGAAGAAGCAGGACAAAACGGGCAGCAUGAAUGUGGUGCACAUGCUGGAGAACUUCACUUUUCGAAAUCAUAUCUGCAUGACCUUUGAGUUGCUGAGUAUGAACCUCUACGAGUUGAUCAAAAGGAACAAGUUCCAGGGCUUUAGCCUUGCCCUGGUACGCAAGUUUGCUCACUCCAUCCUUCAGUGCUUAGAAUCCCUGUACCGGCAGAAGAUCAUCCAUUGUGACCUUAAGCCUGAAAACAUCCUACUUAAACAGCAGGGCCGUAGUGGCAUCAAAGUCAUAGACUUUGGCUCCAGUUGUUUUGAACACCAGCGAGUGUACACCUACAUUCAGUCCCGCUUCUACCGCGCGCCAGAAGUAAUCCUGGGCUCGCGAUAUGGCAUGCCGAUCGACAUGUGGAGUUUUGGUUGCAUCCUAGCAGAGCUCUUGACAGGUUAUCCACUCUUUCCUGGGGAGGAUGAAGGUGACCAGUUAGCAUGUAUGAUGGAGAUCCUAGGUGUACCUCCCCAGAAGCUUCUGGAGCAGUCCAAGCGGGCCAAGAAUUUCAUCAACUCUAAGGGGCACCCACGGUACUGCACCAUUACUACGCUUGCCAAUGGCUCAGUGGUGCUUAAUGGCAGUCGCUCACGGCGUGGGAAGAUGCGGGGCCCACCAGGCAGCAAAGAAUGGACUGUUGCGCUCAAGGGCUGCGACGACGCAACCUUUAUUGACUUCUUGAAAAAGUGCCUGGACUGGGACCCCACCAGCCGCAUGACCCCUUCCCAGGCACUCAGGCACCCCUGGCUCUAUAAGCGACUCCCUAAGCCCGUUCCUGGGGACAAGGCUCUGGCUCCCAAGCGAAUUACAGAGCAUACCACAUCGUUCCCCAGCAUCACGGCCAAGCUUCCGCCAACCAUUGGGCCUACCAAUGGCAAAAUGAGGACCAACAUGAUGGGCGACUCCAGUGGGAGCAUACCUUUGCGAACAGUGCUACCAAAACUUGUCUCUUAGGGUCUUAGUCAAGGCUAUGGACAAAUUGUUGUGUAGCACUAUUUUCAGUUUUUUCUUUCCUUUUGUAUGUUUCUUAACAGAGUGCAUGUCCACGCAUCAGGGUUUGAUUAAAUUUAGUUAAGCAAUCCCUCAAGCUGAGCAGUAAAAUUGUACAAGAAUAACCAGAUAUAAAUUUAUAUCAAGCAGUUUUUUCAUCAGCUAGUUUUUCUGAGAUAGCAUUUGUGGAAAUAUUUGGUUUUAUAUCCUUUUACACUUUUUCACAAGUGUAGUGUUUCAAGUAGAAGAGUAUGGGUGGGAGACAGAGCAGAUUCUGCCCACUUUUAUCCACCUGUUCUGUUGUCUUUAGUGGUUCACACUAUAUGUGUUUUUUAAUAAACCACACUUCCAGAAAUACAUUAGGGUCACACUUUUUUAAAUAUCCUCCUAGAAGUGCAAUUUAGAUUUCUGGUUUUAAAGGGCUCAUGAAAAUUGGUUAUAACUAUAUAUUGUAACUGAUAGAAUGAUAGAUUCAUAGACCUCAUAUGAGAAUUUUAAGUGCUGAUUGUCAUCAGACUUGUGACCCUGUAGCAUUAAGGAAUUGAUGAUCAGCAGUAGGGUGGUUUGUAAAACACUUGACAAAACACAGGUAAUUGAGUGAAGUGGUCAAAGUAAAGAUGCCAUUUAGCAAUAAAUCAAACCCUUAAGCCAUUUGCAUUUUUGUUUUCUUUUUCUGAACUUGCAUGACAGGUUGGUAUCUAUUUACUGUUUGACUCAUAUUGUGACCUAAAAUGUUUGGCCAAAACAGUGCUGUCUGUGAAGGAGAUGUGAAUGAAGAAAUGACUCACGUUGUUAGCAAGACAAAGAGUGACGUGGAUCACAUACUCUAGAAUCAUUUUAAGGGAACUUAGUUUCUGAGAACGGAAGAGUGUAGAGAACCAUUAAGACACACAGUUAAAUGUUUGCGUCACCCAGGUGCUGUGCUGUUCCCGACUGGUAACACCUGUUGUCGAGAGCCCCAAGGCAGGCAAUAGAUGACUGUCACAGGUGCUGUGGGGUAACUCAAAAGAGCCUUUUCUUAAAAGCACUUGUGAGGUUUCAAUUUUAAGGCAUAGGCUGGUCGGCAGUUGAUUAACACAAGUGGUAUAAAGAUGUUUUUUUGGAAAAUGAUGGCAAGUAGAACUAUUGUCCCUGGGUUAGGUUAAAUUUCACAUUUCAUACCCUUGAUUCGUUACUAUCUUUUUAAAAGGAUGCAUAUCACAUGCAGUGGUGACUGAAGUUCAUUUUUUUUGUUUCAGUAAAUAUGCUGAAGGGGAGCUAUGGGGACAGCUCUGUCACCAAAUUCUGAUGGUUUCCAGAUGCUUCUUGGCAGUGUCAUUGAAGACUUGUGAAUCUGAUGAUCAGCUGCUUGAAUCCAAGUGUGUCUGUGCCUAAUAACAGCUGGACUAGAAUGGUUUGGAAUGAUAAAUUGACAUUGGGGGAUUAUCCCGGUUGUGGCUGUUGUGAACUUGGAUCAUGGGAACAUCCACUCCUCCCUCUAUUCCAGAUUAAUUCCUUUUGAUUGUGCGAUACAAGAACAUGGACCAAUCUAGGGCCACCAACGCAAGUGCCGAUAAACUGACACAGCAGUGUCAGUGUCACCCACCUUCACCUUUGGGAGCUGGUGCUGAUAGUACUGCCUGCUGGCUACUGCUGCUCCUAGUCCAUAACUGUAGUGCCGAGUGACCUAGUUUCCUUUGUUUUUCCUGUCCACGAAGCCCCAUGAAAGCUCUGCCUGAGUUUGAGGCUGCAGCAUUAAGCAUCGAGAGCAGCUCUUAGCAAAGCACGUGCUCCCAGCAGUCGCGUCUGAUGGGCGCAGUGGUGAAGGCUGUGAGGCCAUGCUUGUCAACAGGAGAGCGUCAUCUUAACAGAGCACAUUAUUUGUCUGAGCAUGUCAGCCUGAGUGUGUUCACAGCUACUGUAAAUUUACGUAAAGAUGGAAAAAUUUCUUCACUGCAGUUCUAACAGUUAGUAUGGAUAGUUUUUUUUUUUUUUUUUUUUUUU